AUAAUGUGAGUAAUAUGUGUGUUACAGCUGUAGUUGGCUAAAAUUCAACAGUUCAAUUUUGAAGAAAGUGAAAAAUUGGGACACGGUCCCUUUUGUUUACCAUGCUACUUUGAAUUUUCGGUCUGAAAUCGCAUGCAAGAAUGACUUCAAACACAAUUAGCACUAUUUAAUUGACGGUGAACAAUGUUGUACUUUGAUAGUCAUUGGCUGCUAAUACGAUUUCACUCUUUAGAAUUUGCAAACAAUACUUUUCUAUAUUAAGAAGGUGAACGUCGGAAUAUGCGAAUAUAAAACCAACUUUUCCCGCACUGCCUAAGAACUCUCAUAAGACAGAAGAGAAAUUGAAUGCGUGUUAUUGGCAAAUACGGCGUUUCCAACAAUUAGACAACAGAUUAAUAGCGUAAAUGUUUAAAACUAUGUGAAAUUAGACAUUUAAAAAACAAUAAUGUUUUAAUCUCUAAUAUACCAAUAACAGUUAUCAGCAUAGCGAUUGUGAAUGUGUAAAAAUCCAAACAUACGUACAAAUAAAAAAACAGCAUUAGACUCAGGGGCCCUGAGUUUAAAUGGUAAACAAGGCUUGUUACAAAAUAUGUCAGUUGUUUGGAGAAAACAAAGAUAGUUUUAUAACAUUUAUAACAUUUAUACAGACUACUGAUUAUUUUAUGUAUGAUAUUAUUGUGUGACUUAGCAAUUUAAUCCAGUUUUCUCUACGUCGUUUUAAAAUAUUUUAAAUGGUAGUGAAAAAACACACCACUGUGUAAAUCAAACCAUUUUACUUCUUUAAAUCAUUAUUUUUAUGUAUGUAUUUAUUUAUUUAUUUAUUUUAUCAUUAUUAUUACUAUUAUUAUUAUUGUUGUUGUUGUUGUUGCUGUUGUUUCUGUUGCCACAUUUAUGUUGUGUUAUGCAGAUGGAAUAGUUUUUUUCUCGUUUAUCAAUGUAAGUUUUGGAACUAUAUAUUUUUAGUAUUUAUAUUUAACCAAAAUAUUCAUGGAAUUGCUGUUGUUUAGUAUUUUACAAGCAAUGUGUGUUAACGACUGUUAGCUGGCAUUUGCCGUCUCAUUGAACUAUUGUAAACAACUGAAUCGGACGUUGCACUCAAUUGAAUUGGUUGUUAUCUGAUUGUAAAAGGCCUUAAGCCGCCAAAGACAACUGCAAUAAAAACACUUUCUUGCACACUCAAAACAGCAUGUGUUUCUUUCUUUAAUUCAAUUCUGCUUUGGGAAAACAUGUGACAUUUUCCUAAAUAUAUAUCAAUAUCAACAAGUCAUUCGAAAUAAACAUUAGUCGGUUUUGAUUACAACUAAAAGAAAAUCUAAAUAUAAAUCAGAAAACUGUUCUCAAAAAUAGCUAAAUAAAACACCAAGUGCUAUCUAGACCUAUCUAUUACAACUAACAAAACAUAACAUACACACAAACAACACGGCUUCCUUACAACUUAGAAUAUAGAUUUCUUGUUCGCCUUUUAAAAGCGUAUUUAACUUGCUAAAUUGAUAGUGUUUUGGCGUACAUGAUUUUACACAAUACUUAUGCUGAUGUGAAAAUAGUUUGUGUAAUUUAAGUCUACGAUAACACAGUUGACCUAACGGAGCCUUUACAUAUCUGCUCCUCCUCAAUAGCAACAGUUUUUGCAGUAGCCUAAACCAUGAACACCAUAAUGAACAUGAAACCAUGAACAGAGUAAAUACCUCAUAAUAAUAUAAUUAUUUUGAGUAAAGUGUAUAUUCCGUCAAUUUUUGUAUGUUUGUAAAAUAUUUCUCAUAUAUUGAUUGAUGUAAACAUAUUUGAGAACUUUUCUAAAAUGUUAGCCUAUAGUUUACGUCGUGUUGUAUCUUAAAUAUUAGAUGCAUUUUGAGUAAUUAUCAAAUAAAUAAUCAUUUGUUUCCAUCUUAUCCAUUUGUUAUCAAGACGAGUUUUAAAAGAUAGCAACGUAAUUUAAAACGAGAACCAUAUUUGAAUAACCCAUCGACAAGGACUUGGACGCAUGGUGCAAUCAGAGGCUCUUUAAAACCAAGCAAAUCUGUGUCAUUUUAAUGUAGGAUCUCAACAUAUGCAUAACUGUUUAAGCAAAUAAACCAGAAGCAAUGUCGUUUGUCUGCUUUUACGACUUGCAUACUGUAGGCGUUAAGGAAUUCUUCUGCAGUAAAACCAUAAACCACCCCCUCUACAUCUUUCUACGGGUAAAACAACAUUUAUUUGGUCGAUUUAGUCGAAGUCGAACAUUUAAGGGGCAUAUCUUCACCUGUGUAGGGGGUUAAUUUAACGAUUUGAUGAUUUUUAAUUAUACAGCAGAUUAAAAAAGUUAAUCGGGUAAAAUUAGUUUAACUCAAACAACAGAUUAAAUGUAUUUAUUUUUUAUUAAAAGGUUACUGAGUCGAGCAAAACGUAGUAAAAUAUCCAUGAUUAAAUUACAAUUACACAUCCAAACUUAAGAUUUUGUUGCUUACUUCUUGCUUAUUGUGCAUUACAUCGUAAGCUAUUAUGACGUUCGAGGGUAUAAAUAAUAAACUGGCUGUGAUUGUGUUCGUCAUUUCUUUCUGUCCAAUUAUCUUCAAUGUUUCAAAUGUUAUAUAAUCAUUUAAAUACCCUAACGAAAAAUAAAUGCAUGCAAAUUCAAUAAAAUGAAAAACAAUUGCAGCUUGCACUCUUUGCGUCCAGGCAAAAUAAAUGAAUCGAUUUUUUUACCAAGCCAGUGAAGCUAGAGCUAUUCACUAAUUACGUAAUUGUAUUACUAAACCUUAAUCUAGUUUCUUCUAUAGGGGGCUGCGGCCUGUGGGCAUAAUUCUGUAUUACAUGACAUUACUUUGACGAGCCAAAAAACUGGAUGAUUUAUACAACCACGACACCCUCAAACUAUGUUAGAUUUUUUUUUCUAAUAAUACAAAACAUUUCGAUUUACUGUGCCGUUUACUGUGUCUCUGUGUCUGCGCGCGUGCGUGUAUGGGAGAGAGAAAGAGAGAGUGUGUGUGAGUGAGAGAGGGAGAGAGAGAGAGAGAGAAGAAUCAAUAAUCAAAUAUCUCAAUAUAAGGGGGUGUGCAUGCUUUAUGUUCCUUUUCCUACGCUGCUUUAGUGUUGGAAAAUCCGAUCUGAUUUCGCAGCUUUAUUGUGGCUUCCUGAUUUUUAUUGGAGGAUAAGUGGUCAGCUGACAUUGUCAUCUCGUCCACGCUAUAGCGAAGAUUUGGAACUUUUAGGCUGCGUACACAUGCUUGGUUAAUGUCGUGAUAUAAAUUUUAAAGGUUUUACACACGACGUAAGAUUGACAAGGAUAUAGACUGCGAAAGAGAAAAAGAAAAGAGUGUGUAGACAGAUUAAGGAAGAGAGGCCUAGGGGGGAAAAGGUGUUGUUUUUUAAGGAAGAAGGGAUGAAUUCCUAUUUUACGAACCCAUCGCUGUCUUGUCAUUUAAACAGCGGUCAAGAAGUUCUACCCAGCGUUGCCCUCAGCUCGACAAACUAUGACCCGGUGCGACACUUCUCGCCAUAUGGAGCCGCCGUGGCCCAAAACCGGAUAUACUCCAAUCCGUUCUAUUCACACCAAGAAAACGUUAUGUUCGGGUCAAGCCGACCGUACGAGUACGGAUCAAAUAUGUUAUACCAGGACAAAGAUGUUCUUCCAAGUUGCAGGCAAGGCUUUGGGCAAACACAGGGUUCAUUGACGCAGGAUUACGCUUCAGACCAAGGCAAGACCAUGGAACCGAAAGGAAGUGUUCAAAUAUAUCCAUGGAUGCAGCGGAUGAACUCGCAUAGUGGGGUUGGCUAUGGGUCUGACAGACGGCGAGGUCGCCAAAUCUAUUCGCGAUACCAAACUUUAGAACUUGAGAAAGAAUUCCAUUACAAUCGUUAUUUGACAAGACGCAGACGAAUUGAGAUUGCCAACACAUUGUGUCUGUCGGAACGCCAGAUUAAAAUUUGGUUUCAGAACCGCCGGAUGAAAUGGAAGAAGGAGAGCAAUCUCACGUCCAUCCUCAAUGACAAUGGUUCGGUAGGAGCUGGCCAAGACACGGACAAAGAAGAAACAGGGGAAACCGCUGAAAAAGAUGAGCAUGACUGACUGAUUUACCACCUGAUUAAAGGACAUUCUGUUUGAAAAUGUUCUUACAAAAUAACUUAAGCUACCUAUGGAAUUUACAUAAUUUGCACAAUUAAAACUAAAAACUGUUACAAUUUAUUUAGAUGCAAAGCGUGUUGCUUCUCCACUUAUUCACUAUGAUUCUGAAAAGCUGUUUAUCUCGAGAAGUGGCGUUUUUAAAUCAGUGCUCUGACCAUAAAUGUAUUACCUAUAUGUUGUAUGAUUUAAUCUUGGCGUUGAACACAUGUUAUUUGUUCAGAUCUACUCUGAAGCGCAAAUGAGGGACUGUUGAUGUAGACCAAAUAUAAUAAUUCCAAAUAUUAGACUACAAUCAUUUGUUCUCGUCCUAGCAAGUGCAUUGUACAUGUUUGUAAAUAUGAGAUUCAAAUACUUUUGAUGAGCAUUUGUGUAACUUUACGUACAAUUUAGGGUUUGGUGUUUUUCUUUACUCUGUGAUGCGUUCUAGGAGAACCACAUACGGUGUUGAAAGUAUUCUUCAAUUUUUUCCAAAUGUUGAAUUUUAGCUAACAAGCAAAAGAAUAAAAUGUUCGAACAUUUAUGCAAUAAAGUUGUAAUCAAUAUAACAA